AUGCCUCGCCGAGAUGUUCCCUCACCAACCCAAAUCCAGCGUUGCGCUAGGGAAGGACGCCCACACGAGUCUCUUUCCCUCUUUCGUGAGCUUGCUCUUCAUUUUCACCACUCCCGAGAGCCGUGCCAGCUCCCCAUCAGUAGCGUGCUGGGCUGCUGUGCUUCUCUCGGCGCUGUCAAGCACGGGAAGGAGCUCCAUGGUUUCAUGAUCAAGCAUUGGACUAAUGAACUGGACGCUUGCUGCUCGGAUACCUCUCUUGUGAGUUUCUAUGCUAAAUGUGGGGUUUUGGCUAGUGCUCGACAAGUGUUUGAUAGAAUGCCUUAUAGAGAUGUUGUCUCUUGGACUGUCAUCCUGAUGGCUUAUGUUGAUCAAGAGGGAUGUGAGAAUGAAGUCAUGGCUUUGUUGCAGAAGAUGUUAAGCAGUGGUAUAACACCAAACUGCCACACCAUCACUGUCGUUAUCCAAUGCGCCACAUUGGAACAAGGGACGCAGCUACGCUCAUUUGUUGUGAAAAAAGGUUGGAGCUUUGAUGCAUUCGUUGGCAGUGCACUGGUGGAUUUGUAUUCUAGGAAUGGAAUGCUCAGUGCUUCAAGAUUGGUUUUUGAUGGGAUUGAGCACAAGGAUGUGGUGUGCUAUAAUAGCUUGAUAUCGGGUUAUGGCCGUAAUGGUUCAGCCGAGGAGGAGAUUGUAUCAGUUUUCAUUGAAAUGGUUUUGCAUGGAAUACCGCCAAAUCAAUCUACAUUCAUCGCAUUGCUCAGUUCUUGUGCUAGUUUUGGAUUCUUAGGCCUGUCAAAACAGUUCCACGCCCAAGCGGUGCUUCGAGGAUUCAGUUCUGAUGACAAUGUUCAAGCAGUCAUUAUUGAUAUGUACACAAAAUGCGGUGACUUGCAAGCUGGCCGUGCUGCAUUUGAUAGAAUGGGAGCUAAGAAAAAUAUUGUUGUUUGGAACUCAUUGAUUUGUGGUUAUGGGAAACAUGGCCGCACUAUAGAGGCUCUUGAGGUAUUCAAUUCAAUGGCAUCAGCUUUAGUAUCUCCAAAUCAAAUCACUUUUACAUGCCUUCUUUCAGCUUGUAGCCAUUCUGGAUUCAUUGACGAGGGUUGGAAGUUGUUUGAUUUGAUGACUAAUGUUCAUGGAAUGGCUGCUCGGAAUGAGCAUUACUGUUGCAUUAUAGAUCUCUUAGGCCGUGCCGGAAUGGUACGAAAGGCAUAUGACUUGAUACUUAGCUGUGAUCAUGAGCCUGAGCCGUCAGUUUGGGGGGCUUUACUGAAUGCUUGUGUGACAUUGUGUGAUACUGAGAUCGGAGAGAUUGCUGCUAGAAAGUUGUUUGAGCUAGAGCCGGAUAAAUCUGCACCGUAUGUUGCAUUGGCGAGUAUAUUUGCAGCUAAAGGCCGGUUUGAUGAAGCCGCUGAAAUGCGUGAAUUGAUGAAUUGUCAAGGAAUAAUUAAGGAUGCUGGUUACAGUUGGAUUGAAAUCGGUGGUGCUGUACACAAAUUUAGAGCAGGGAAAGAUAUGCAUUGUGCCGAAAUGAAGGAGAUACUCUCACUUUGCUCUGAACUGAAUUCCUGCAUUUCUGAUCAACGGAUUUUGAAUAGUUUUGUUGAUGUUGUUGAAGCAGUUUAUGAUGAUUUAGGGUUUGAGGAUAGAAUGUAUGACAAUGAUAGUUCUGACUCUGAGUUUCAUGAAAAUGAUUAUGAUAUGGAAAAUAAUGAUGACCAAGUCUUUGAUAUCAAUGUUGAUUUAGGGAAAUGGGAUCUCACUAGUAUCCCAUGUAUUCAUGCAGUGGCAGUGAUGUUCACUACUGAAGAGAGGGCAGACCAAUAUGUCGAUGCUUGUUGCCACAAGGAAACACAACUGGGCAUAUAUUCUCACUUCAUUCAAGCCUAUAAGGGGCCUAACCAAUGGAAUAAUGUGGAAAACAUGGAACCUAUUUUACCUCCCGUGCUUAGAAGGUCUCCUAGAAGACCACACAAGAGCCAAAUGAAGGAAGCAGAUGAAAUAAGUGGAAGUCAAUCCAAAGUUUCCAAGAUGAGAGUGAGAAUGACAUGCAGAAAAUGUGGGCAAACAGGUCAUAAUGUUAGGACUUGCAAAGGGGAAGUGGGUGCUAACAACAGACCAUUUAAAUUACCAGUCAAAAAAAACUUGUAG